AUGACAGGAAUGAUCAUGCCUAAGAUAAUGUACGGUACGGCGUGGAAGAAAGAACGCACCACUGAAUUAGUCACUCAGGCUAUCAAAGCUGGUUUCAGAGGGGUCGAUACAGCUUGUCAACCCAAGCAUUAUAGAGAAGAUCUAGUUGGCAAAGCUCUAAGAGAAGUUAUUGAUCAAGGGGUAGUGAAGAGGGAAGAUAUAUUUAUACAGACAAAAUUCACAUCAUUAGACGGACAAGAUAAAUCACAACCACUCCCUUACGAUCCUAAUCUACCUAUUCCAGAACAAGUAAAGCAGAGCUUUGGAACUUCUCUGAAGAAUUUGGGAGUGGAAUAUGUGGAUUCGGUUGUAUUGCAUUCUCCCUUAAGGAGUAAAGAGCAAACCCUCUCUGCGUAUCAAGCUCUCGAGACAUUCGUUAAAGAAGGCAAGAUUCGUCAAUUGGGCAUAUCCAAUAUAUACGAUCCGAAAUUACUUUUAUGGUUGAUCGAGAGGGUUGAAGUGAAGGUUGGGGUGGUUCAGAAUAGGUGGUAUGAAGGGAAUGGAUGGGAUUGGGCAGUGUGGGAGAUCUGUCAGAAGAAUGAUAUACGAUAUCAAUCAUUCUGGACAUUAACCGGUUCACCUUCCCUUCUCCAACAUCCACAUUUGAUCAAUCUCGCUUCUAAAUAUGGUUUAACACCUGAACAAACUGUAUACAAGUUGUGUCAACUAUGGAAUAUAACUCCCUUAUGCGGUUCGACCACUUUAUCCCAUAUCAACGAAGCCCUCGCUGUUGAGGGUGCUACUGGGUUGAAGGAGGGUACACCUGAAGUGAAAGAAUUGUGGGAUGCUAUGCAUUCUGUAUGA